AUCUGUCAUCGGAGGUAACAAAAACCAUGCCAUCUCUCUCUACCUACCAGCGCAGGUCCACCCGCAGUCGGCUAGUCGAGUGAAAAGAGAAAAAGCUCGCCCUUUCAUUACAGUUUCAGUGAACGAAGUUUACCAUUAUGGCUACGUCGUCAGGCAAAAAAGGGAAGAAGACUUCCAAAAAGAACAAGCUCUCGCUCGGAGAGUUUCUCACCGAUGGCAAUGCGAUCGCUGUGUCGCAGGUGCAGGUUGCCGUGCCGAUCAAGCUGGCCAGCUGGGCCGACGAGUGCGACGACGACGACGAUGAUCGCCCAACUCGCACCCAGAUGAUUGCCCUGCCUACGGCACCGCGCGCCACCCGCUUGCUGAACGAUGACACCGUUCCGCACAACCCGCCGUUCCAGGCGUACAUUUCCAACCUGCCGUAUGAUUUGACCGAUGGCGAUGUGUACGACUUCUUCGACGGUAUGGAAAUAUCUUCGCUGCGUUUACCGACGCGAGAUGAUGGCGAACCGGGACGUCUCCGAGGGUACGGCUACGUCGAGUUCUCCAACCGACAAGAUCUGAUCGAUGCGCUGUCCAUCACCGAACCGAUCAUCCACAACCGUCGCAUUCGGAUCGACUUGUCUAGCGAUAGUGACCGCGGAAGGCAGCAGCGCAACCGCUACGAUAAUUACGGUGGUGAUUCAGAUCGUCCCAUGGGUAACUGGCGUGACGGGCCCCGAUCAGACCGCGAUCAAGGCCAGAGAAGGCAGUACAACAAUAACUACAACCGCGAUCGUGACGACCGAGAACGCUACCCAACGGACGGUGGUUCAGGUGGAAACUGGCGAUCUGGGGACCGCCCCGUACAACCCCCUCCACAAUCGCCGCCUUCUAGCCGGAGGGGCUACGACCGCGGAGAUCGCGGUGAUCGUGGCUACCGACGUGGUGACGAUUAUUCAGGCGAUCGUGGCGGCCGCCGCGAUCGAGAUGCCGAUCCCCCGAUGGAAAGGCCAAAGCUCGUCCUGCAGCCUCGCACUUUGCCGCUACCGGAAAAACCCAAACCAGACCCUGAACUAGCAGACUCGGAAGAAAGGGAUUCCAGUAGGGAUCGCAAGUACGAUUCAGAAGCUUCCGAAAACAAAGAGAACGAAGAUCAAAAACCAACCCGCCCCAAACCUACCCCAGUUCCAGCCGCAAACAUAUUUGGUGCAGCCAAACCGGUGGACACUGCAGCUCGGCUGAAGGAGAUCGAAGAACGAUUGGCCGAAAAGCAGCGCCUGGAGAGGGAAGAACGAGAACGGAAGAGGGCUGCUGCUGCCGAAGCCGCGUCUGCCGCUGCAUCGUCCGCCGACGAAGAUGGCAAAGAAAAAUCCGAUCCCAGCAAAGAGGAAUCAACAGAAGAACAUUCCGAAGAAAACUCGCAAGCGGAACCGCGAAAAACCGAGGAACCCAUAAACUGGCGGGUGCGUUCCGAUGACAACAAAGAUGGCGAAAGGCGCCGGCAAUCACCCCAGCGGAGGUUCAGCCCGUCAAGAAAUUACAACAAAAGACCCGAUGACUAUCCAGACAAUUGGGACAACCGGGAUCGGGGAAUGAACCGGGAUAAUCGCAACAUGAGAGACAACAGACGUGAAUACAAUAGACCAGGCGAUCGUGACCGUGAGCGUGGCUACCGGGGAGACCGUGACCGGGACAUGAACCGCGGAGGCGGUAGCGUCGGCGGCGGUGGCAGCCGGGACAUGCGAGAUGACCGUGACAACCGUGAACGGCGGGACAAUACGCGACAGUACGACCAGCGGGAUCGGGACCAGAAACCGAUCGAAGAGCGUAUGCCAAAACUCCAGGAAACUACCGGACCCAAUCUAUCGAUGAAGAAUACGUUCGAGGGAUUGUCGGCGGAUGAGGUCGACGAUUAAACCAGCUGUAAAUUUUGUGCGUGCGUUCCAAUCUCAAAUCUAGUAAAACAAAAGAAGCAAACGGAAGGUAGUGUCCCGUUCCGGUGAGUGGAACGGGUUCGGUGUUAACAAGAAGAAACAAAGAACACAGGACGAAAACAACUAAACUGGUAGUAUUCUAAUACGAGCGGAAAAGAAGGUGCUGUGCAGAAACCAUUAUCGAUUGGAACCAAUAACAGUUUGAUUCAGACCGGACAAAGACGACGCCAGCAGUGAUUAAUAUAUAUAUCAACAAAAAAAAAGCACGGGGACGACAUCGACGGAGAGCGAGACGCAUACACACUCACAGACUAUAGCGAACCGUUGGCCGCAUUGACUGAACUGAAGGUAGGAUUGGUUACUUUACUGUAGUGCUUAGAGUGCUAGAGUUUACCGACUAAGAUACAGAUGCUGCCACUGGCCAGAAGCUGACAGGGCGAUGAAAGUGCUGCUCUACGGGGUGCAGGGAGUUGAUUCGGGGCGGCACUUUCAUCGCCCGGCCAAUUUCCGCCAACCGUGUUUAGAGGGAAGGGAGAACAGUGGGAAGGGGGUCGGGUUAGAAGACGAAGGUUUGUAAAAUAUUCUAUUCAUUGUGUAAUUUAUUGUAUGUGUACCAAUAAUGAAAAAAAAAGCUAGACGGUAUUUUCCAUAAUCAUGAAAGAAGCGGCAGAAUGACACGAGCUGAUGGAUUUGUCUGUAUGUGCGUGAUAGAUGUGUACCAUAUAGACUUUUGUUUUUAGGGAAAAGUAGCUGUCUUGGAAUUGGAUUUUCCAUUGCAUAAGAGAUUUUGAGCAGAACAGUCACAGACGGGAGACAGCAAUCGCAUUUUUUUUUUUUGAUAAGACAAUUUUACAAUCACAAUCUCAGACAUACAACCAUUCAUUGCAGCAGCGUGCAAACUCAAAUACUCGUUCAUUAUCCAAAAAUGAUUGAUAUAUUUGCUGUAAAUCUUACUGUACUACGUCUGCCGGUGAGGACAUCUCGAUCCUAGAAAUCCCACAUUCAAACCUUCGACUGUUUUGUGUUUAAAAGUUUUCCGUUUUUGGUUUCCGUCGUUAAUAGUCGUCGGUGUGUGCGUCUCGUCGAAAUAAGUUAGAAUACGAUGAGUGUGACCAUUAAUUCAUAGAAGAAAGUGUGUUGAUUCGAAAUGCUGAAGAAAUUAUUCCAAAAUGUGCUGAUUGAAUGUUUAUUUUGUUCCGGCAAUGAUUUCCCCUUGUUUGUUUCCUGAAUUGUUUUUUUUACAUAUAUAAAUAGAAAUGUAUAACAUUUACUUAUUUGUGUUUUACUCUUUUAAAACUGCAAAAAUGCUUAUACGACCCACAAUUGUUGCGGGAUGGAAAUAGCUUAAUUGUCAUAUACAAAAUCGCUGAAAUUAUGAUGCGCUAUCGAUUGUUAAGAUUAGGUAGCCUAAAUCUAUGCAAACUUGUCUACAGUCGCCUUCUUUUGCAUAAAAUAUACAAUUUAUACACAAACAUACCCAAACCAUAUGAACAGGCAAAGUUUCUUUAUAUUAACGCAAGGAUGCUUGUGCUCAUAGAUAAUCACGGAAAGAUAUAAUAAACAAUAAUAGUUAAUUUACAUGUUUUAUAAAUGCAUGGAAACUGUCAAAACCGUAGGAAUGUCCGCCGCUGUUUUUUCGUAUAUUAGUUAUCUAUUGAUGCUGAUUUUAUCCGUUUUUCGGGAGGCGUAGAAUGGAAAUAUUUAAGUUCUUAUACUACUAUUAAUUAUCCAAUAUAUGUAGACUACCACACAUGGAAAGAAAGAAUUAAAACUGGAAAAUGGUAAUUUCAGAAUACAGCAUAUACAACUAAGAAAA